GAGGGACAAAACUACGCUUAACCAGUCGGAGUUAUCUUGCAUCGCACCAACGUCCUCUUCACUAAAAAGUGAAGUUAGCGCAUUGUCGGCCGUCAGUGACUAGCUAAUUGCCUAGCUAACGUUACUGCACAGAGGUCACCUGGACAUUGAUCAAAAUGGGGGUGAAAGACCGCCCUCAGUGUUACUUUGAUGUGGAGCUCAACCGUGAGCCAGUUGGGCGCAUAGUCUUUCAACUUUUUUUGGAUAUUUGUCCCAAGACAAGCAAAAACUUUCUCUCUUUGUGCACUGGUGAAAAAGGAACUGGCAAAAUCACAGGGAAAAAGCUGUGCUACAAAGGCUCCACAUUUCACAGAGUUGUAAAGAACUUUAUGAUCCAGGGAGGUGACUUCACCGAAGGAAAUGGAAGAGGAGGAGAGUCCAUAUAUGGUGGCUACUUUGAAGAUGAGAACUUCACUCUCAAACACGACAGAGCCUUCCUGUUGUCAAUGGCCAAUCGUGGGAAAGACACCAAUGGUUCACAGUUUUUCAUCACAACCAAGACGGCACCUCAUCUUGAUGGAGUUCAUGUCGUCUUUGGUCUAGUCAUCUCCGGCUUUGAAGUGAUAAAGAAGAUUGAGGGGCUGAAGACUGAUUCAGCCAGCAGACCCUACGCUGAUGUGAGAGUGACAGACUGCGGGCAACUUAUCACCAAGUCCGCUAAUGAUGUACUUGAAGGCAAGAGGAAAAGAACCCCCCAUUCUGCCGACUCGUCCCUCAAUUCCCACGACUCGUCUUCUCAGUUUUCUUCUUUGGUGGAAUCUGAAAGUGAAUCAGAUGAAAAGCACAAACAUCACAAGCACAAGAGCCAUGCAAGGAGUAAACGGUCAAAAAAGAAAAGGAGGGAAUCAAAGAAGGAGAGGAACACUGUUGUUCUGCCCACCAAGCAAAGCUCACACAGUCCUGUGGAAAGAGAGGUGCUGGAGGGAGAGAAUGAACAGAGUGGGAAAAGAGAGAAGCUGGUUGUCCGACCAGAAGAAAUCCCACCGGUGCCAGAGAACCGCUUCCUUCUGCGACGGGACUUGCCAUCUCAGGAAGAUAAAACAGAGAUGUCAGUUUUUAAAGUUGAGAAAGAAGAAACGUCUCUUUCAACUGACCAGAAACCAGCAGUCUCCAAGUCUGGACGGAAGAUCAAAGGCAGAGGAACAAUGAGAUAUCACACCCCCACAAGGUCUAAAUCGCGCUCUGCAUCUGUGGAAGAGCGUGGUAGCAGUGAAACUCCACCACACUGGAAAGAAGAGAUGAAGAGAACUAAAGUUUAUCAACCGCCGAGUGUCGAGAGAUGGAGCAAAGGAGACAAAUUGAAUGACCAUUCCUCAAGCAGAUGGGACGACAGAAGUGACUCUGCGUGGUCCCGCUCUCCAGAACACUCCUCAGACCACAGCUCUGAGAGGUCCAGCAUGCGCCGCCAACAGAAGAAAGAGAAGAAGAAAGCCAAACACAAGAAGAAGGCCAAAAAACGUAAACGUGGCAAGAAGAAGAGCUCCAAGAACAAAGCUCAUGAACCUCAUGUGUCAGAGGGUGAAAGGUCAGUGUCUUCAGAAAGACCGUCCAGAAGAUCCCAUUCUCCAUCUCGCUCCUCUUCAAAUCAGCAUCAUUCAUCAACUCGGAGGAGACGACAGUCCUCACUGUCCUUGAGAGACUCACGGUCCUACUCUAGGUCCUACACAUCUAGUCAGUCCAGAUCUAGAGGGAGGUCCAGGUCUUAUUCAAGAUCCAGAAGCCUUUCUAGAUCUAGAAGUCGGUCUUUAUCUAGGUCUAGAUCCAGAUCUCAGUCCUAUUCUCGAUCCCGGUCUAGAUCCAGGUCAAGGUCAAGAUCCAGGUACAGAUCUAGGUCUCCAUCCAGAAAGAGCAGUUCAUCCAGAUCCCCAAGAAAGAGGAAAGCCAGCAAGCCCAAAGCGGACGCCAUGAUCCAUGUGCCUGAGAAUCUUCCAGUGAGCAAAGUCGCGCCUGUCCCCAGACUCCCUACUGUGCCGGCUCCUGAAAGCAUCCCUGUGAUCCCCCUGAGCGACAGCCCCCCACCCUCACGCUGGAAACCUGGUCAAAAGCCCUGGAAGCCCUCCUACAUCCAUAUUCAGGAAAUUAAAGCUAAAGUAGCUCCCAGUAACAUUUCCUCCACUGGACAAGCAGCUGAAAGUGUUUCAGGAAAAACUCAGACUUCAGUUAUACCAAAGUGUCUGCCAGGUGACUCUGAAAGUGACAAAGCACACAAACCUGCAGGGCACUCACACAGCAGGUCCUCCAGAAGUAAGUCCUGCAGCCGCUCAAGGAGCAGAAGUUACAGUAGGUCCAGGUCCAGAUCCCCUUAUCAGUAUAACAGCAGGUCAUCCUCCUACAGCAGAUCAGGCUCUGAAAACUCCCAGAAAACAUGUAGCAACAAGAAGAAUUCAUUAGACAAGGAAUGGAAAGAGUAUUACAGCUCUCUAAAAAGGAUAAAAGAUUUAGAUAAGUACAUUGCACUCGCCAAUAGUCAAGAUGCUCACUCAGGAUCAGAGAACAGGGCAGGCUGUGAACAUAGUCCUGAUAUCAGUGUCUCGAGGAGAAGCGUCUCUUUGGAGAAAAUAAAAGAGGAAGGCAGCUCAAAAGCUCAAGAGACAAAGCAUUACGGCUCAAUGCCGGUGGAGAGCUUUAAUAGCAGGUCUGAAUGGGAUAGUGACAGUGAUAAAGUGAGCCAAAGCAACAGUGCUACCCUGUCAAAAAAGCAGAAACGAGCAGCUCAGACCAGUGAAAUUCUUGACAAGAAGUUGUCUGCUGUUACUGGAUGGAAUUCCGAAAGUGAUUCUGAAAAUAUAACAGCCAGGAUAAUGGCCAUAUCUGAAAAAGAGGAAGGGGAGGCAAGUUCAGAAUCAGAAUAUGAGACUUCCAGGAAGACAUCAGCGGUUGCAGCUGCUGCUACUGCUUCUGGUCAGUCAGAGGAAAGUCCUGAGAAGGCUGCAGAGCCAGAGAAGCACAAGAGCAAGAAGAAGGCCAAACGUAAGCACAAACACAAAAGACGAAGUGAGAACAAAAGUGGUUCCCAACACAGUAAGGACAAAAGAAAGAGAUCUAAGAGGAAACAUCAGAAGCUCAAAGAGACUUUUCACUGGCAGCCACCUUUAGAGUUCGGAGAGGAGGAAGAAGACGAUGAAUCAAAACGAGAGAAACACAGUCCUGGUAGAGUUGUCAAAGAAAGGCCUGGUGUGGAAAGUAUGAAUGAAAAGGACCAAAAUAUAACAUCUUUAAACAAGAAUCCUACUAGAGAAGAAGAUAGGGGGCAACAGAGAGCAAAAGAAUGUAUCAACAAAAACCCAAAACAUACUGAACCUCAUCUUCAGUCAUCCAACAGGAACGGUGCUAAUUUCCCCAGUAUCAAAGAGCAAGAGUCAUUAGAUGAUAUGGACAUUUGUACCCCUGAGCAUGAUGUUGAAAUUGUAGAACCUCCAGUUACACAGGAUUCUUAUUAUAAUGCCCCUGAAAUAGCUCUAAAAUCUACCUCAAAGUCUUCAGAUAUGGCCAGUAAAGAUGGUGCUUUACCUCAUAGCAAAGAACAGCCUUCAGUUACCUCCACAACAACAGCUGCUGGACUGCAAGAUCAAGCAACCACUGGCAAAACGGCUGGCACUGUAACUAAUUUCAAAUGGAGGCCUUUGAAAGGAAUGUCAGGUCUACAGAACGUGAACGUGCCACCCGUCACCACAAAAAACACUCUACUUCAAGAGAACCCGACCCCCAACACGCAGGGAGUAAGAAUGGAGAUAAAAAGCAAAAGCCGGGUCCGACCAGGAUCUCUGUUCGAUGAGGUUCGUAAGACCGCACGGCUCAACCAGAGGCCGAGGAACCAGGAGAGCUCCAGCGAGGAGAGCUCCCCCUCUGUGGGAAAGACGAGGGAAACACCACGCACGCGAUCCCCGAAGAAGUCCAGGUCUACAUCCAGGAAGUCUCGCUCCGUUUCCAGUCACCGGUCUCGCUCCAGAGGCUGGUCCCACUCCUACAGCAGGUCCAGGAGUAGAUCCCGCAGCUCCAGCUACUCUUCCAGGAGCCGCAGCAGGAGUCGGAGGAGACGCAGAAGAAGACGGUCACGUUCUCGUAGCAGCACAUAUCGAAGUUACAGGAGUCACAGUCGGACGUACAGUAGAAGUCAUUCCAGAAGUCGCUCAUAUAAUCGCCGUCGGAGAUCCAGGUCAGACUCCUACGACAGCUAUUCCAGUCGGAGUCGGAGCGUGAGCAGGAGACGAGAGCGCAGACGAAGUGACAGCUACAGGAGCUCAGACCGCCGAUCCCGGUCGUCCCGCUCCUCCAGUCGCAGUUCUUCCAGACGCAGAAGUCACAGUCGCAGCAGUCGCUACAGUUGAGCUCUCAAGUCUACAGAGAGGGAACAAAACCACCAAGUCUGGACACUGUGCAACACAAUAGCAACUACUAAAGCUCAGAGAGGAAAAAGUUGUAUUCCAUCUUGUUACUAGUUUUAAUACUAAUACUGUAUGCCCUACCCCCUACACACACACACACACAUAUAAGCUGACAUGACGGUCUUUGAGGAAAUGAAUGUUAUAGAAUGUAAAUUAAUAAACCACUUUACAAGCUUACACAAAGGCAGAUCUUUUAGGGACUGUCACAGCUGAGAAGAACUGGGCUGAAUCUUGUCAAUAUGGCCACUCUAGCAUCUUAGAGGUAUUAAGAAACUGUGAUAAAUAAUAUGAGAAAUAAGCUGUAUAUAUUUUAUAUUAUAUUCUUAUACACUGAAAUGUACAAUUAUACAUACUGUAAGUGUAUAAUCCUCACAGUUCUGAUGUGUGUGAGGAGUUAAUGGGUUAGUGGGUAUAGGUUGAAGUUAUGCAUUUAAUUCAGUGUCAGCAAAACAGAAUUCUUCAAUGGAAAAAAAACGAGCUGUAAUUUGUCUUUGUUCCAUUUGUUUUAUUACUGUAUCAUGAAUGUUAAAUUUACUCAAAGUAUAGUAUGUCUGAUUUUGAUUUUAUUCAAACAGUUAUGAAGGUUUACACAAUAAAUACCACCACAUCUUAA